CCCACAUGGACUUUCCAUUUGCGAGCAGGAUGCGCCGGAGAGGACUAUCACCGGAACGCACCGUAUUCAUGGCAAUAUUAAGUAGCGUAUAUUUGAACACUUGAGAUUCAAAAUAAACACGAGCUCGUCGGAUUUAACAUGUCUGACUUAACGUUAAUAGCGACGGACGAUGUAAAGUUUCUCAGCGAGUCUCCGGAGCGAAGCAACACCAGCGCUGCUCCAGAGCAUCCGCACUUGCAUUCGGGCAUCAUUAUCGCCACCGUUUACGCGCUCCUCAUCGCUGCUGGACUAAUAGGUAACGUGACGCUCAUUAGGACGUUUUGCAUCGUGAAAUCCAUGCGCAAUGUCCCGAACCUCUUCAUGUCGAGUCUCGCUCUCGGAGACGUGCUGCUGCUGGUCACCUGCGCGCCCGUAGACGCCAGCAAGUUUCUAGCGGACGAGUGGCUUUUCGGGCGGAUGGGCUGUAAAGUCAUCCCGUUCAUCCAGCUGACAUCUGUCGGAGUCUCGGUGUUCACCCUCACAGCGCUGGCAGCGGACAGAUACAAGGCCAUUGUCAAGCCAAUGGAUAUCCAGUCAUCUAAAGCUUCGCUAAAGGUCUGCCUUAGGGCUGCAUCAAUCUGGCUGCUCUCCAUGAUCCUAGCCAUUCCCGAAGCGGUGUUCUCUGAUCUACACACCUUCCACAUCCCAGAAAGCAAUGAGACUUUUAAAGCAUGCGCUCCGUACCCUCACGCAGGAGACCUUCACCCCAAAAUUCACUCCAUGGCCUCCUUUCUCAUUCUGUACAUCAUUCCUCUCAUCAUUAUUUCUGUGUACUACAUCUUUAUCGCCAGGAGUCUGAUUCAGAGUGCGAUUAACAUGCCUGUGGAAGGAAAUUCGCACAUCCGAAGGCAGAUUGAGUCACGGAUGCGGCUUGCAAAGACAGUGCUGGUGUUUGUGGGUCUCUUUGCCAUCUGCUGGCUUCCAAACCAUGUGAUUUACCUCUACCGGUCCUACCAUUACACAGAAGUGGACACCUCAAUGGCCCAUUUCAUCUCCAGUGUGUGCGCACGUAUCCUUGCUUUUACCAACUCUUGUGUAAAUCCCUUUGCUCUCUACCUGCUUAGCAGAUCAUUUAGGAAGCAAUUUAACAAGCAGCUUUGCUGUUGUUGUCCAUCAGUCUUGAUGCACUCGCAAAGCUCUAGGCGUAACAACACACGACUGAGUUCAAUCAAAAGCACCCAGAACCACUCUGUGGCCAGUUUCAGCCUUGUUAAAGGCAAUGUUGUCUGCCAUUUGAGCUAAACUAAUAUUUCUACGGCUACAUUAUAGAAAUAGUUCACUCAAAAAUGAAAACAUUGUUUAAAAUUCUACAUUUGCAACGUUUAUGUUUGUUGAGGAAAUAAUAACAGAAUUAUCAUUUUUGGUGGACUAUUAGUUUUAAAAAGUUUAGUUGUAGAAACCGCAUAAAACUGCAGUUUUGUGCCUGUUGGCUAUUGAUGGAUUGGAUUAGGUGUUUGAUACAUAAGUAUAAAUGAAAACACAAUCGGAAAUGAGGAUAAAUGGAACAUUUUGUGGACUGUGAGUUUUUCUAAUUAUCUUUAACAAAAUUCUAACUUAGUUGCAAUCAAUUACGGCGUUUCAGUAAACCACAGGAAAACACCACCCCUGGUUGCAAUCAAUGUUGGUAAUCAAAUUUGUGAAUUAACUGUUAAUUAAUGCAGUUUCAUAUAUAUUUAAAUAUGAAGGUCUAUGUCAGUUCCCUGGUAGAAGUGAUAUUCUUACUCUUAAUCUCCACAGGACCUUCCAGGGUAUAUAUAAAAACAACAACAACAAAAAAAAAAACCUUUUACAAACUUAUACAAGACUUAUGACUCUGAUUACGAGAAACAGUAGAACGAAGUAGCCUCUAGACAUGUUUUAAAUGUUUUAAUACUUGAAGAUAGUAAUGGUCAAAUGGCCUAAUGAACAUACACAUAGGAAAAAUGUUUUUACGUUUUAGUGAUUUGGAGGCUAAUCUGAAUCGCGAUCUUUUUAAGAUCUUAUAAUGGCACAGAUAAAAAAUAAUUCGAUGAGGUAAACAUUGGAAUAUCGAAUAAAUUUCUGCGCCUGAAAGGGAAGCUGCUACAAAUGCACAUUCAGUAAGACCCAGGCACAAAAACGUCCAAACCUUUUCAGCGCUAAUUUCUUACCGCGUGUCUUAAAUAAAUCCUGACAGUGCUAUUUUAAUGCCAAAAGACGGUUUGCUGUUAGUAAAUCUGACCUUUUAUGUUUUACCUAUAGUGAAUACGUUAUAAAUCAUUCAUUGAGACCAUUUAGCAAACCCAUGCGGCCAUUUCGCUGAAAAGAAGUAACAGGCCACAGCGUGUCAGAGUAGGUCUUUAUACAGCCGCAGGUGCCACUGAAGAGGCAAACCCACUUCAGUGUGAAGGAAUGAAGGAAGAUUUACUUACUCAAAAGGUAUUCAUUUUGUUUUGUUUGCUGUAUGAGAUAUAUAUAUUAUUUUUUAUUUAAUUUUUUUUCAUGGUGUCUUGCCCUUCCAGUGAAUUUGCAGCUUUUAAGUUUGCGAAGCUUGAUUCAGGAAAAAGCACUUCUUUCAUUGCUUUUAAAUGUGAACAAAAAUAGCAUCUUUGUGUACUGCACAUGAUAAAAGUAAAGGAAAAAACAUAACUGGCUAAUGUUCUGCAGUAUUAUUUCAUCAGUAUUGUGAACCCUGCUAGGAAAUGGGCCAGUUUUGCUCAAGGACACAUGUUUUUGUGGUGCCUUUAGGACAUAAUUAUUUGUAUUUCCAAGAUAUAGAAAAUAAUUUCUUCAUUGCCGUUUCGUGGCUCAGUCUUUCGUGAUGCUUUUUGUAUUGUAUUUGACAAAAGAGCACAGCAGAAAAGCGAUGGAGCUUUUCAUUUGGUAGAUGUCACAGACCAUAAGAUGAAAAGAAAACAGACCUGUAAUGAAGAUAAUGUGCAAUCAUGCCGUUGUUGUUGUUGUUAUUGUGGACUUGUGAUCUUUUUUCACAUGAAGAGUGUAUUUGACUUUGUGAAUAAAAUGGUGCUUUUGCGCUCUAAAA